GUACACCCAUUUAAGAACAACAAUAACAAAACAAAAAAAAUGAAUCAGGUUUAUGUUAAGAUUAGUGUUGACAAAAAGCAAAAGGAAAGAUAAAAACGAACGUAAUUGAUUAUCAAUUGUGUGAAACUUUAAAUCUGUCAUUGUUUUCGACUGUGAUAUAGACAAUAAAAUUUUACUACGGAAAUACUUAAUCCUUUUACUUAUCUGAAAAAUAUGUACUUUAAAAUGACAUAUACCUAAGUGAAAUAAACAUUCGAAUAACACUCAGAGCAAUGUCAUCGAAUUUAAAUCAUCUUGAAAAAUCAAAAAUACGAAGAAGACUUGCUGCUGUAUCUUUCUUAUCAAAUAUUUCUCUCGAUGGAACACAUCGAGAUACUAUUUUCGGGACGAAAAUUUGUAAUCGACGUCCUUCAAAAAGAACAUUUAUUGAAACUGAGAAUAUUGAAGAAAAUCCAAAAAUAAAUCAAGAAGUUGACAGACUUUCGACAAGUUCCGAAUCUGAAUGUGCAAAACUUUCAUCUUCAGCUCCAAAAGGAGUCUUAAACUCUUUGAUAAAUUUCCAACCUUAUCGAGAGCGAGGUAGAACCAUCAGUAGUUCAAAUGAAACCAUCUCUGAACGACGUCAAGCUUUAAUACUUAAGCGCGCUCUUUGUACAUGUCCGACACCGUCUCACUUAGCCACAUCAUCUAAUGAGUCACUUUCUCAACGAUCAAAAUGUGUACACAUCCACGAUCCAUCACCACCAUUGAGAUGUUCGACUCACUCUACUGUCGAUGCUCGAUGUGUCAUAACAAUUCAUCAGAAGCCUCUUCAUGUAUUUUCUAUCAUCCCAUUCCGAAAACGUAUGUCAAGCUCAGCGGUAAAAGCUAAAGAGAAACUAGAAGGAACUCGAAGAUUACGUCAAACGUCAACAUCGAGGCCAAUGUCGAGUAUAGGCGAUAAUCAUAAUCAACCAUUCGAUCCAUUCAAUUUACUUGGAAUUGAAAGAAGAACUGACGGUGGACAAGAGAUUUCUUACGGAUAUUUAUUAGUGCCAUCAAAAGCGCUUGGAGGAAAAAAUGCUUCUCGUCAUCAUCACGAGCGUCAUUUAGACACAUUGACACUUCAAAAUCAUGGAAUGUUUCGAUUUGGAAAUUAUGAUGAAGGUGAAGACGACCCAUCAUAUUCUGCUGAUCUUCUUGAUGACCCAGAACUUAUCGGAGGUCGUCAUCGGACUUUACUCACUUUCACCAGCUACUUAACAAGUGUCAUCGAUUAUGUUCGUCAAGCCGAUCUUAAGAAAGAGCUCAACGAUAAAUUUCGAGAGAAAUAUCCGCAUAUUAAGUUAACUUUAAGUAAACUUCGGUCGAUUAAACGAGACAUGAGAAAAAUUAACAAACUGGAUCCAAAAAUUGAUCUGCUCUCAGUAGCUCAAGCUUAUGUGUAUUUCGAAAAGUUGAUUCUUGCUGGAUUAAUUAACAAGAUAAAUCGGAAGCUUUGCGCUGGUGCAUGUUUGCUGUUGAGUGCAAAAUUAAACGACGUCAAAGGUGAAACUUUGAAGGGUUUGAUUGAGAAAAUUGAAAAUAUUUUUCGAAUCAAUCGAAAAGAAUUAAUUUCUUCCGAAUUUGCUGUUCUGGUGGCCCUCGAAUUUAGUCUCCACGUUCCGACAAGUGAAAUUCGACCACAUUAUGAACGAUUGAGAUUUGAAACAUGAUUGUUGUAUAAAUUCUAAAUAAAUAGUGUAAAAACUGUA